UAAACCCUAAUCACUGCCGCUCCGAGCGACCGCGCCUCCGCCCGCCGUCCGCCGCCCUAACACUGCCGACCUGUCGACUGCCGUCUGCUCAGCCGGCCAGCCACUAUCCGCCGAGCGCCCGACGGCCCGAGCAGGCGAGCAGCUCCGCAUCGCGCGACGUCCCAAGCAGGUGAGCAACCAGGGGCAGUAAAGGCGUUCGCGCGACGUCCAACAGUGCACCUGCGCGCGCGACGUCUCGCUGCUUUCUCCAACUCCUGUUCGGUAUCGCCGUUUCUCGCUUGGAGGUUGUCCUGUAGCGGGGACGACCGCCCAUUCCGGCGCCCGCUCUUCUGCUCCUCCUCGCCUUCCUGUUUCUGCUGCGGGGAGUUCUUCCGCCGCGAGCCGGGACACCGUCGCCGCCGGCCGCCCGCUGUCCGACGCGCAGAGCCUCGUGUCCAAGCGUGGCAAGUUCAAGCUCGGAUUCUUCCGUCCAGGGUUUGGCUCGAGAUGGGGAAGGCAAAGAGCAAGGGCCCUAAAUUCGCGGCGGUGAAGAAGAUUAUCACCAAGAAAACCAUCAAUAAAUACAAGGAGGAUGUGCUGAACCACAAGAAGAAGGACGUGGACAAGGAGAAACUCGGCCGGAAUGUGCCGCAGGUUUCGUCGGCGUUGUUCUUCAGCUACAACACAGCAUUGGGGCCGCCGUAUCGGGUGAUUGUGGAUACCAACUUCAUCAAUUUCUCGAUACAGAAUAAGCUGGAUUUGGAGAAGGGAAUGAUGGAUUGCCUUUAUGCAAAAUGUACCCCAUGUAUCACGGACUGUGUUAUGGCUGAGCUUGAAAAGCUGGGGCAGAAGUAUCGUGUGGCCUUGAGAAUUGCCAAGGACCCUAGGUUCCAAAGAUUAGCAUGCACACACAAGGGAACCUAUGCUGAUGACUGCAUUGUGGAGAGGGUCACUCAGCACAAAUGCUACAUAGUUGCUACUUGUGAUAGAGAUUUGAAAAGGAGGAUAAGAAAGGUUCCUGGUGUUCCAAUCAUGUACAUCACAAGACAUAGGUAUUCGAUAGAACGGCUCCCUGAGGCCACAAUUGGUGGAGCACCAAGAAUCUGAUCGGUGCAGACAUGAGAUGUUCUGGGAUGUAAUACUAUGGCGGUACUUGUCCAUCUGACCAAGUCACUAUUUCAUGUUUCAGUCCACGACAAGGACUAGGAUAAGAACGCUGCUUUCUAGGUUGAGCUUACUGUAACUACUAAGAAAUUUUUAUUAUGUACCAACCUUAUCAUUUCUACAAUGUUGCGGGAUGUCUGAAGUAAUUCUUUGUUAAAAGAUCGGGUAUCCUGCUCCCUUUUGCUUCUC